GCCAGUCCCUCUCUAGCCGUAGUGGAAUGAGAAGGAAAGUGAGUGUUGUGAAUUAAAGCUCAAAACCAAGAAAGUGGGCGAUUUCCUAAAGUUUGUAAAUAAACGAGAAGAGAUAAUUUCGUGAAUCGUUCAAAGUUAAAAACCUGCUAGUUCUACAAAAUAUUAUGCUUAGUUUGUAAUUAUAAAAAUGCAUUUUUCUAUACCUGAUUCGCAACAAUUUCAUGAUGACAAUGGGAUCUCGUACACGGGCUACAAUAUUCACAUCGAUGGCGUUUUCCAUUGUACGGCUCGGUACAAGCAAUUGCUCAGUCUACAUGAGCAAUUACAAGCUCAGAAUCCGUACAUCAAACUACCACAGUUUCCACCUAAGAAACUGUUCCUGACCAGUUCUCAAUUGGAAGAAAGAAGAAUCUUAUUGGAGAAAUACAUGCAACUGGUUGGCCAAAAUCCCCUGUUCACAUCCUCUGACCUUCUCGUAACAUUCCUGUUUUCGGCCCAACAAGAAACACACUGCGUCAGAAUGCAUGAAGUAGAAAUUGAAAUAUCAUUGAUGAAUGGGUAUAGAAUACCACUGUGUGUGUCAUCAACUGAUUCAUCAAACACAAUAUUAGAUAUUGCAUGCAAUCACCUUCAUGUUCCGAAAGAACUGGUGAAAUAUUUUGCAUUGUACCUUUUUAACUGGAGCUGUGCAAAGGAUGGACAGCCAGCAUUAAAGAAAUUGGAAGAAUAUGAAUCUCCUUAUAUCUCUCAAAAGUAUGUCAGGCCAGAAGAUAAAAUUGUUUUGAGGAAGAGUUAUUGGGACCCAUGUUAUGAUGUGAAUCUGAUGAUAGACAGAAUGUCCUUAGAUCUAUUGUAUUUGCAAACUAUUGAGGAUUUGGAUUUGGGAUGGAUAACAGCUGAUCCACAAACAAAAGAAAUUCUUGCAUCAUAUGAAGCUAAAAAACAAAAGAAAGAGUAUAUGGAGUUGGCAAAAACGUUGCGGCAUUACGGCAGGAUACCGGCUGGCGAGGCUGUCACAGAGUCUGUCAACGUUGGCGGGACCGGGGCGGGCCCCGACGCGACCUGCCGAGUCCGCGUCUCACUCGCCUCUAAAGAACUGACCCUGCUGAGUCUGACGCAGCCCGCUCGCGAACAAAGAUACAAAGUCACACGGAUGAGGUGCUGGCGUAUCAUUACACUGCACUCUAUUGAGAGGUCACAGACUCCAAACGGUCACGGCGCCCUUUUAGAAGAUUCGAAUAAAAACUUCGAGCUGUCGUUUGAGUAUCUUAUUAGCAAAGACAACUUGAAAUGGAUAACCUUGAGAACGGAACACGCAACCUUUAUUAGUGUUUGUUUACAGUCUAUAGUGGACGAGUUGAUGUGUCAGAAGUCAGGCGCUGGCCCGGCGUCGCCCCGCUGCAGCAAGCGCGGCAGCCUCACCUACCUGCGCCGCGACGGCUCCAGCCAGCUCAUCACACCCUCCUCUUCCAGUGACACGCUCAGUUCUACUAAUGGAGAUUCACACAACUCGGGUAGCUCUCGAGAACUAUUUUCCGUCCAGAAGUUGACGGAAAACUUCGCCACCGUCUCUUUCAGGUCAGGCAGAGAAUGUGUGGAGAACAAUGCCUUUGAAGCAAUAGGAGACGAAGAACUAUAACAACUUCCCACACGAAUUUAACAUGAAUCAUGUUCCCCAAA